UACCUCCUUACAUCAGGUAUCCCCAUAAGAGUACCCCCUUACAUCAGGUAUCCCCAUAAGAGUACCUCCUUACAUCAGGUAUCCCCAUGAGAGUACCUCCUUACAUCAGGUAUCCCCAUGAGUACCUCCUUACAUCAGGUAUCCCCAAUGAGAGUACCUCCUUACAUCAGGUAUCCCCAUAAGCGUACCCCCUUACAUCAGGUAUCCCCAUAAGAGUAUACCCCCUUACAUCUGGUAUCCCCAUAAGAGUACCUCCUUACAUCUGGUAUCCCCAUAAGAGUACCUCCUUACAUCAGGUAUCCCCGUAAGAGUACCUCCUUACAUCAGGUAUCCCCUUAAGAGUACCUCCUUACAUCAGAUGUCCCCAUCAGAGUGCCCCCUUUAUAUCAGUUGUUACCCAUCAGAGUGCCCCUCUUAUAUCAGUUGUUCCCAUCAGAGUGCCCCCUUAUAUCAGUUGUUCCCAUCAGAGUGCCCCCUUAUAUCAGUUGUUCCCAUCAGAGUGCCCCCUUAUAUCAGUUGUUCCCAUCAGAGUGCCCCUUUACAUCAGGUUUCCCCAUCAAGGUUCCUCCCUUACAUCAGAUGUCCCAAUCAGAGUGCCCCCUUACAUAAGGUGUCUCCAUCAGAGUACCCCCCCCUUACAUCAGGUGUCCCAUCAAAGUGUCCCCUUACAUCAGGUGUCACCAUCAGAGUGCCCCCUUACAUCAGAUGUCCCCAUCAGAGUGCCCCCUUAUAUCAGUUGUUUCCAUCAGAAUGCCCCCUUAUAUCAGUUGUUCCCAUCAGAGUGCUCCCUUACAUCAAUUUUCCCCAUCAGAGUGCUCCCUUACAUCAGGUGUCCCCAUCAGAUAGCCCCUUACAUAAGGUGUCCCAUCAGAGUGCCCUCUUACAUCAGGUGUCACCAUCAGAGUGCCCCCUUACAUCA